GUUGGCCGUGGAGAGCAGGUAUAAACAUAUCCUUGGCUUGGGCUUCGAUUGAAUCCUCUUCUCUCUCAGGUGGUUCUGCUGGUUGUCACCAGGUUCUUACAUUGCGUAGGAGAGGUUGGUAGACGCCACCGUCUGUAUUGAUCACUGCAGGAACCAGCCUCGCGUCCUUGGUCAUUGCAGGAGAUCUUUGGACCCACAGGUCAUGGCUAUGACGAGGGCUUCUGUGUCUCUGUAAGGCCCAUCUGUGCCGGCUCCUGGAGUCUGUAGGCGAAUUUGUUGGGCCUUUCAGCGGGUUGGCGCAAGCAAAGUGGAAUCCAGAAAGGAUCUGCUGAAAGACAUUACGAACAGCAAGGAAGAAGUGACAGAUGUCAUGGCAGGGGACGAAAACUUGCCCGAAAAAGUCGGCGACACUAAUGGAUCUUGCGAGAGAACUGACUCGAAGGAGCACACGGUAUCCCCACAUGGUGGGCAGGACAGCACAAAACUGCAUAAUCAGGACCCUAAUUACAAACCCUGUUGGGUGGCGGAGAACGGCAUCUGUGAAAGAGACCCGGGAGACCUCCGACAACACCCGCUGAAAAUAAACAGUCCCAUGCAGACUUCUGUGGUGGGGAGCAAUGGAUAUAUAUUAAACAAAUCUGUUGGCCAUCAACAGCAAUUACGGACCUCAAGCUCCUCUCCGCUAAGCGGCCACGCUGCAAAGACUCUUCCCGGAUCUGCCCUCAAGACUAAAGCAGCCUCCAAUGUAUAUGUACCCACAGCCCCUUCUCCCCCUCAGGUGGGAGACCAAGUUCAAGACGAGAGCCCAAAGCUAACGGAUUCUUCUGUGUCCGACUCGAAAAUUCACAGGGCGCGAAAAACCCUGCCAAGGUCCCCCUGCAGUUCGCCUGUACAUAAGGAUUCCAGUGAGUCGUCAGAGCAGAUGGAAAGCAUGGAAGACUCUGCUGCCAAAAACGGUUUGGAGAGUGAGAAGCAGUUGCCCGUACAUCAGUCCAGCACAACACAGGAGCUUCUACCUCAGGGUCAGAGCUGUGUCUCGUCAGCAAAGCCGCAGUCAGCUUCUGCGGCCUCUCGGAAAAAGAAGCGACGGAUGGGAACGUACAGUCUGGUCCCGAAAAAGAAGACCAAAAUAUUGAAGCAGAGAACGGUCCUGGAGAUGUUCAAGAACAUGUCAAAUUCAUCUUCGAGUCCAAAGAGCGACAGGGAUUCUGAGGCUCCUCACAUGAAUGGAGAAAUGGUAGACAUGGAUUCAGAAGAGGAAUACUCCGAGGAGCCGGAGGAAGAGGAUUAUAAUAGUGGGGAACAAAGUGUCUCUGAAAACCAAGAGGACGACAGUGCUUCCAAAGACGUCACAGCGGAGACCGACAGCCUGAAGAAGGUGGAUGACAUGGAAUCUGAAGUGGAUGAGGAGGCUGAGUCCAUGGAGUCCCAAGAGGAAGAGGAGGAAGAAGAUGAUGAUGAAUCAGAUUUAAGCUCAGAAUCCAGUUUACAGAGGAAGAAUCAGAAAAAGGAAAAAGGCCAUGCCGAUAGUCCGUGGAUGAAAAAGAACGAGAGGACGAAAGGGCAAAGCGAAACAAAGCCUAACCCCCCACCCCUUGCUGGUGACGGUGACGUCCAGGACACCAACACAGAGUACACGGAAGUGUCGCUUGACUCUCUGGAGCUGCAAGUGAAAGAGAUCUUGUCUCCCCAGUCUAAAGGUCUUUCUAAUGGGUCCGAAACUACAGAGGUUGAUGGUCUUCAAGGAAUCCCCCUUUGUAGCUGCCGAAUGGAAACUCCCAAAGAAGACGAAGUGACCGCUACGGCUGAAGAUCGCUGCAUGGCCGUCGAGAGCACAGACCAAGAGCUGAGCCGGUGUACGACAGAGGUCAUCAAGUAUGAGCUGAUGAGACCGUCUAAUAAAGUGCACCAUCUGGUACUGUGCGAGGACCACAGGGGCAAGAUGGUGAAGCACCAGUGUUGUCCUGGAUGUGGAUACUUCUGCACAGCGGGCACGUUCAUGGAGUGCCAGCCUGAAACCAGCAUCUCUCACAGAUUCCAUAAGCCUUGCGCCACUCAAGUCAACAAUGCCAGCUACUGUCCACACUGCGGGGAAGAGAUUUCCAAGGCUAAAGAGGUCACCAUCGCGAAGGCAGAUACCACUUCUACUGUGUGUACUGUGGCCGAUGCUCCCACAGAAGACGUCCAGACUGAGGGUCAAGCGGACACUACAACAGAGAGUGAUUUCACAGCCCAGAAAGCAGAAGAUGAUUCAAAGACCGACGUGCCCGCUCCUCAGUCCUGCGAAGUCUCAGAAGCUCACGCCGCGGGGAAAUCUCCGGUCUUGUCUCAGGGACCUGUGAAGGAGACUCUGGAGAGUGCUUUACUUGCACUGGACUCAGAAAAAGACAAUGUCUCCUCUAUUUCUAGGCCUAAGAAACUUCGCUUCCAUCCCAAGCAGCUGUAUUUCUCUGCAAGACAAGGCGAACUGCAGAAAGUGUUGAUGAUGCUUGUGGAUGGUAUCGACCCCAACUUUAAGAUGGAGCAGCAUGGUAAGAGGACCCCUUUGCAUGCUGCAGCAGAGAUGGGACACACUGACAUCUGCCACUUGCUUGUUCAGGCCGGAGCAAACCUGGAUAACUGCUCUGAGGAUCAGCGGACUCCAUUGAUGGAUGCUGCCGAGAACAAUCACCUGGAAACUGCGAAGUAUCUGGUAAAGGCCGGAGCUUUGCUGGACCCCAAGGACGCCGAAGGCUCCACCGGUUUGCAUUUGGCUGCAAAGAAAGGUCACUACGACAUGGUGAAGUACCUGCUCACCAGCGAUCAAAUGGAUGUCAGCUGCCAGGAUGAUGGAGGCUGGACCCCAAUGAUUUGGGCUACAGAAUACAAGCACGUGGAGCUAGUUAAGCUGUUACAUUCCAGUGGAGCUGACCUCAACGUCCGGGAUAAUGAGGAGAACAUUUGCCUGCACUGGGCAGCGUUUGCAGGAUCUGUUGAAAUUGCCGAGAUCCUUCUGGCCUCAAAAUGUGACCUCAAAGCUGUCAACAUACAUGGAGACUCCCCUCUUCACAUCGCUGCGCGGGAGAACCGAUAUGAAUGUGUCACGCUCUUCUUGGACCACGGCGCUGAGGUUAGCCUAAAAAACAAGGAGGGGGAAACCCCACUGGAGUGCUGCAGCCCGAACUCUCAAGUCUGGACGGUGCUCAAGAAGAGCAGUAAUUCAUCUGAGAAGUCAAAGCAAGAGGAGGUUGUGAUGAAUAGGGACAUAUCCAGGGGCUACGAGAAUGUCCCCAUACCCUGCAUCAAUGGCGAAGACUCUGAACCUUGCCCCAUCAAUUACAAGUAUGUCUCCCAGAACUGCGUGACCUCCCCGCUCAACGUGGACCGAAAUAUUACCCAUCUUCAAUACUGUGUGUGUAUAGACGACUGUUCCUCUAGUAACUGUAUGUGCAGCCAGCUGAGCAUGAGGUGUUGGUAUGAUAAGAGCGGGCGCCUUUUACCAGAAUUCAACAUGCUGGAACCGCCGCUUAUUUUUGAAUGUAACCACGCCUGCUCCUGCUGGAGGAACUGUCGCAACCGAGUGGUGCAGAAUGGAUUAAAAGUAAGAUUACAGAUGUUCCGGACCAAAAAUAUGGGCUGGGGAGUGCGGUCGCUGCAGGAGAUUCCCAUGGGGACAUUUGUGUGCGAGUACGCAGGAGAGUUAAUUUCAGAUACGGAGGCAGAUGUGCGGGAGGAUGAUACCUAUCUCUUUGAUCUGGACAAUAAGGACGGAGAGGUUUAUUGCAUUGACGCCCGAUUCUACGGCAACAUCAGUCGUUUCAUCAACCACCUCUGCGAGCCCAACCUGCUUCCCGUCCGGGUGUUCAUGUCCCAUCAAGACCUGCGUUUCCCCCGCAUUGCUUUUUUUAGCAGUAGACAGAUCAACGCAGGAGAACAAAUUGGUUUUGAUUAUGGCGACCGUUUCUGGGACAUUAAGAGCAAGCUCUUCAGCUGCUGCUGUGGCUCCCCCAAGUGCAAGCACCCAGUGAUGAAAGUCACCCCCCAGUGCCAGCCAGCAACACCCACAGAAGUACCACAAGAGAAUGGUCUACCAGACACCAGUUCCACCACCACACACAGCCUUUGCUGAGAAGAUAUGGACACCGUUAAUUGUCGGCCCCCCCCCCCCUUUUUCACCUCCAUUUCUGUAAAACCGUAGAAGGGGCUCCGAUUCCUGGGCAAGGAUCCCUUUUCUGUAAAUCAAGCUGGAUGUGAUUGACUUGACUGUGGAGUCUUCUGAAUACUGGUCCAUCAGAGACGUCUUGUGGACUCCUUCACUUUAUUUUUUAUUUUAUUAUUAUUUUCCAAGCAUUCACAGACUAAGGUGAACCCCUUCCUUGCCCAAGUGUGGCUUUGGCAGACAUGGAGUUACCAAGUGAAAAGUAUUUGUACCCCCCUCCCCAGGGGGAAAAGCAUCGUAUUACACUCUUGUCACUCAAGUCGAACACAUGUCUUGUCCGCGCGUGCCGCCACCACGGGCCAAGUAGACAUCGACCAGUGAAGGAAAACAGGUUCCAGCCCCUGUCCUUCCCGAACAAACCAGUGACCAGAGCCCAAAGGCAAAUGGUGGAGAAUACGGCACAGUCAUAGUCAAUGCACCCACGGAUGUGUAUUUAAAAGGGGAAUACCAUCUUUUAUUUAUAUGUCUUAAAGAUUUAGAGAUUUGACGAAGGGUCUUUUUUUUUUUUUCCAGAAACGGCGCCGCUCAUGUCUGUAGACUAGAAGUACAGGUUAACCCUAUCUGGGAUCUGCAUUUUCCUGUGCCAAGAGUGGCAGUGGAAAAUGCAGAUCUCAGAAAAAAAAUUCCUUAAAGAGGACCUUUCAUGCAAUUUUAUUAAGGGAGAUAUAUACCUGUACUUGCUGGGUACCCCCUGCUGAUGCUGCCACCCUGCUU